CCCCAGCUCACUUAUUUAAUCUUAAUCCACCACUGUCAUCCACUCUGCCCACCAUGGUGUCGCAGGGGCUGGAGCAGACGAUCGUUCGGGAUCCGGCUCUUUUCUACUGGAUCCUGAUUCCCAUCUCCAUUGUCAUGAUCCUGACCGGUAUCCUCCGUCACUACGCAACCGUCCUGAUGAACACCCCCCCGAAGCCGCCCUCAACGCUGGCCGAAUCUCGCGAGCGCCUCUCCAUCCUGCGCGGCGUCAACCUGCGCAACAAUGCCUCUGCAGUCCUCACAAAGGAAGCCUUCGAGGCACGGAAGAACUACCUCGUCUCUGCGUACCAGAAUGGCGAGUUUCUGAAAGACCCGGAGAACCGCGGCCAAGCGCCGGCCAACCCGAUGACGGAUCCCGCCGGCAUGGAGGCCAUGAUGGGCAUGAUGAAGGGGAACAUGAUGAUGAUGAUCCCGCAGACGCUGAUCAUGAGUUGGAUUAAUGCGUUCUUCUCGGGGUUUGUUAUCUUGAAAUUGCCGUUCCCUCUGACCAUCCGGUUCAAGUCGAUGCUGCAGUCUGGUGUUAUGACUCGUGACCUCGAUGUGAGAUGGGUGUCGAGCUUGUCGUGGUAUUUCUUGAAUCUGUUUGGCUUGCAGUCUGUCUUUGGUUUUAUUCUGGGCAGCGACAAUGCCGCCAACCACAUGUCUCAACAGAUGUCCUCGAUGAACCCUGCCGCUGGCGUUAACCCUUUCCAACCCGGCCAAGACCCCGACAAGCUGUAUCAAAGCGAGGCCGAGAACCUGGAAGUCCUGGAGCAUUUUUGCAUCCUUGAUGGGAUUGAGGAUCGGAUCCUCCACAACAUCGCCCCGAAGUAUGGUUAUACCUUCUAAGUAGCUUGCUACGGGUGCAUCCACUUUUUGCUUUGAUCUUGGAAGAAAUGUAUGGCUGAGCGAUUGGUACGACAUAAAAUAAGAGAGAAAGGCGUCUAAUAUCAUAUUUCAUUGUCCUGGUUACAUACAUUGUACUACUUGCUCAAGGCUUUAUAAUACAAGGAUAU